ACAAUUACUGACAUGAAUUGGAAAAACUAACACUAAAAACAAAUAGGUUUUGUGAUAAAGUUAAAAUGAAAUGCGCGGAUGAAAAACAUUGGGAUUUGCUGCCUGUGAGUGGGAUGUAUUUAUGACUGUCAACACCAAGAUCAACGCUGAGGCUUGGUGAGGAUAUGGAUACUCCUUAUCCACUGUAUCAGAUAGGAAGCAUGAAUACGAGCAGGGGUGAUGGUGGAGUGGGCGAGGGAAUCGCUGAGGCAAAUCCGAAAUCCGCUGCAGCGGAUGAGGAAGAGGAAUACUGGAGGCGACUAAUGGAAAUGUUCAACAAUCCAAAUAACACCAAUGCGUUGUUUCCCUUUGAUACUGGUCUUCCGGCUGAAACCAAUGGCAGUAAAGACCUCGGCCUCCAAGACGAAAUGAUCUCGCUUUUCAACUCUAAAAAUUUCUCGGAUCUUUUCAAAGAUGGCACAUUUGAUGCGCUAAAGGAGCCAUUGUGGAGCGGUGUGAUAAUAACCCUGUACGUAAUUGUGAUAACGUUAGGAGUUCUGUUCAACAGCGUGGUGCUCUACAUUCUUAGCAGGAACACAAACAUGUGGAACGUGACAAACGUUUUCAUCGGCAACUUAGCGAUAUCAGAUAUCUUUAUUUGCCUCUUCAAUCUUCCGUUUCAACUUCAUUACCAAUUAACCGACAACUGGAUAUUUGGAAAUGUCCUUUGUCACAUUAUCUUCCCAUCAUUUGCAAUACCAAUUUAUGUCUCAACGCUGACAAUGUUAUUCAUCGCAACGGACAGAUACUGGUUGAUAGUUUACCCACUACGGGAUCGUAUUACCUUGAAGAUUGCAUUCAUCGGUAUAUUAUUUGCCUUAAUCUUCUCUAUACUGCUAUGCAUCCCGAUGGUGGUUUUCACACGGACUUACUCAAUGACGGUUCCGAUCUCUAACGAAUACAGAAACUACUGCUACGAGAUGUGGCCGACAGUCACUGGCCGACAUGUCUAUAGUUGCGUCAUGUUUGCCUUUCAGUUCUGCCUCCCCCUACUCUGUGCAUCUGGAAUGUACCUGAAGAUAUUCUUCCGCCUCCGUAACCGACCAAUGAGAAAAUCAGACAGCCGACGGAAACACCGAACUAACAAAAUCCUAAUCUCAAUAGUUUUAGUGUUCUGUGUGUGUUGGUUACCUUGGAAUAUAUUCGCCUUGAUUUUAGAACUCGGGCCACACAUGGCCACGGGGCGGUUUAUAAAAUUUACCGAUUUGCUUUUGAAGGUGUUUGCAAUGAGUUCGGCGUGCAUUAACCCCUUCCUUUACGGCUGGUUCAAUGAUAACUUCCGCAAAGAAAUGAACCAAUUCGUAGUCAGGAUUCAUAAACAGCAAAAAGCUUACAAUGCAAAACGUUGCAGGGGCUACACAGAUGACGUCAAUGAGAAUGACUUGGAUGUUAAAACGAACCUCGAUCCUAACAAUACGUGUAAUUUUACAAUAACGAUUGACCGAUUGACGAACGCUGAUAGCAUAUGACAUGAGGAGGCUGUCUCUGAUAAUGGAACUGGGCCAAGAACACCAAGGCCAAGACGAUUCAAUUUUUUCCAAUUCUCAAAAAAAUCAAACAACAGGCGAUGAAAACAGACCAAAAUAUAAAAAUACACAAAAAAAAUGAUUACACUUUUAAUUCUCCUUUGACCACGCCAGUAAACAGGGUAAUCAUAAUGGACUAGUCAAAGGAGAAUACACAGUGUCAUCAAUUGUGAUAAAAAUCGUUUUGCUUGCAAAAUAACACUGUGUA